AAAAUGUUAAUACUUUUAAAAAUUUAUUAAAUAACUUUAAACAGUUCCUAGGUCAAGUGAAAAGUUUCAUUCUAGUACCAUAAAAGAUGAUGAUGAAAAUUUUCAAGAACCAGCUAUUAAAAAUCUAAAGCUUAAUGCGGAAGAAAAUCAUAUGAAGGUUAUGAAUAUAAUAAAUUCGAUAGUUGGAGAGGAUUAUAAUUGUAUAAACAAAAAAGAUGAUGGAGUUAAGACACCAGAAAAAUCAUCGAAAAUGCUAGAGCCUGAUGACAUUCGACCUUUUGGUACCCCGCCGGAGAGGACGGGCAUGGCUCAAAAUGCCGUUUAUGGUACAGAGGUGGAGAUAGUUGCAAUGACAACUAUGCUCCAGACAAAUAUUUUAAUACAUACUAUUUAUAAAUGGGCAUACUAUAUGCCCAUUAAAAAAUUAAGUAAUAUUAAAAAAUUUAAUGUAAAUAUUUAUUUAAUAAAUCAUAGCGAACAUAUUGAUCGCAUAAUUAAUUUUAAUUAAUAUUUAUAUCGCAUA